GGUAUAGCGUGUUUACUCGAGCGAAUUGACUGUUUGCUAUUCGUAAACAUUCGUAAAGUACAUAGAGGUACGUAUUAUAAUGUUUAACCUUGUAGUAAAUUGGAAAUAGACGUGUAAAGAGAGCUAAAAAUGGAUUCAGCACUUUACAAAGAAACGGAUUACAGCAUUUUAACGACAGCUUUAGUGUUUUUAGUGACAUUUUUCCUAGUUUAUAUAAACACAAGACGUCAAAAAGGAGUGCCGCCUGGACCAGCUUUGUUCCCCAUUGUCGGAAAUCUCCCAUCGUUGGCUACGAGAGAUAUAUUGGGCAGAUUAAAUGAACUUCGGAAACAGUAUGGUGACGUUUUUGGACUAUAUACCGGAAGUAAACUUUUCGUGUUUCUAAAUGGUUAUGAUGUAAUUCAUGACGCGUUGAUAAAGAAAGGGUCCAAAUUUAUGUUCAGAGCUCUGCCAAGUUUCGAUCAAGAAGAAGAUCAACACACAAAAGGACUAUUCUUUUCGAAAGGAAGAAUAUGGAAGGAAGGUAGAAAGUUUGCAAUAUCUACUUUACAAGAAAUUUGUUUUAAAGAUAAAGGUUUUCUCGAACAUUUAGUAGAGUUCGAGGUAAAUGACUUGACAGAAACAAUACUUAAGUCUGAUCAGCCAUUUGAUAUAGAGCGCGUCUUGAACUCAAGCCUUCAGAAUGUGAUAUUUCAAGUCGUGUACGGAUAUAGAUUCGAUCUAAAUGAUGAAGGCUUGCAUUGGUUUCAAAAGACAGUACGAGACCAGUCGAAAAGAUUCCUUGCAAGAGAAGUUAUUCUCAAUUGCCUUCCGUUUUUAGAACAUGUUCCUGGAGACAUUUUAGGUAUCGAAAGAAGUAGGGUUGACUAUGCAGCAGAAAUGCACUUUUUAUCAAAACGGAUUGAAAAGUUUGAAAAUCAAAAGAAAGGCACACAAAGAAAGACGUUUGUAGAAUGUUACUUGGAGAAAAUGGCAGCAAACAAAAGUAACGAAACCGACAGUACUUUCGAUGAGAAAGAUAUGAAAAUAGCAGCGCACCAAUUAAUAACAGCAGGAAGCGAAACCAGUGCAUCUGUCAUAAGAUGGAUACUAUUGUACCUUAUUAGAAAUCCGCAUAUACAGGAAAAAUUGUAUGCUGAAAUGACAAAUGUACUUGGAAACGAGGCACUAUCAAUCGGAGAUAGAAAUCGAAUGCCGUACAUGCAGGCAGUGAUAUUGGAAGGACUCCGAAUUUCUCACGUGGUGCCGUUAUCAUUACCUCAUACUGUUGAACAAGACACCUUAUUCCGGGGAUAUGUUAUACCAGAAAUUUGUACAAUAAUUCCUGUCCUCAGUACCGCUCUCAAAGACCCUGACGUCUGGGAAGAUCCCGAAGAAUUCAAACCUGAACGAUUUUUGAACGCGGCAGGAAAUGACGUCAUAAUUCCAAAACAAUUCGUGCCAUUUUCACUCGGCCCAAGGUCAUGUUUGGGAGAAACUUUGGCAACUAUCGAAAUAUUUCUAUUUUCGGCAGGACUUGUUCAAAAGUUGAAAUUUUUACCUGAACAUAAUAAUGAAUAUCCAGACCAGAAAGGAGAACUUGGACUUACAUUUACUCCUUUAAAUUUUAAAAUGAGAGUUGAAAAACGUUAAACUUUUACACUGACAUUCUUUGUACGAACUAAGUUGAAAAGUCGAACUGCCAAAUGAAGGCAAACAUCUUUCAAUAUGACCAGCCAACAUAAUUAAUUCCAGUAUUGGACCCUGCAAAGUCCAAUAUAUUCUUGCAUAGCAGACUGGCCUUUCCGUGUGUUUUACCCAUGCCGGAAAUUUCAUCUGGCAUGGGGGUGCCAGAUGAGUCGCGUGCUGUACAAUGGCACGCUUAGGGUGACGUCAUUUUACCGUUAGGAAUGAAGUUGUAAUUUCAUACUUAUUUCAGAUCUGAAUUUAUAUUAUUUUAUAUAACAUUUUAUUUUCAUAUUGCUUGCGAUCAUGAUUGUCAACAAUUUAGUUUUCAAAUAUUCAUUUUUAAACAAAAGUCAAAAAGCCUAUAAACAUUGAAAUUUUUUCACAGUUUAAGUAAAGUAGGCCUACUUCAAAUUGAAAAAUCUGCAAAGGAAAAAUGAAGAAAUAUACUCAGAAUAAAAUAGAUUGUCCGAGUUUUGUGCGAUUUUAGCCCUAUCUCAGUAAAAGGCGUUUCAACGGUUUUUAUUUUUGGGUUUGUUCAAUAAAAAUGAUUAUUUCUCGAAAAAGUGGACAAGGGAAUGAUCUAAAAAUAUGCACACAAGUUAUUGGUCUAGACUACAUGGUAUGGCUUACAAAUCUCGAAAAAAAAAACACACACACACACACACAAAAACAACAUAUUUGUUUUUGUCCCGUAAUGUCAGGCAACCCCAGUAAAAAGUUUUUAAACAAUCAGACCUUAUACUGGAUUUUUUUUAUUCAUUGACAAGACGUUAUAAUUCUUAUUGUUGUGAAAAGUUUUAGUUAUUUUUGAAUAAGUCCCAAAACUUGUUUCAAGUUACGCUUCUCAGUUUGUGAAAUUACAUAUUCACGAGAAAAUAAAUAUAUGUUACUAUA